CUUCUUCGGGCCUGGCUACAGAGGGACCACUCAGGCAAGAUCUGAGAAGAUGCAAGCGCCCUAGCUAGGCGUUCUUGCUUGCAUCAUGCGAGCCCCAAACGGGGAAAGCACCUGGGUCAAGGAAGGAAUUCCAGGGAACAAACGAGCUGGCGAGCUGACGGACGAUGAGCAGGCACGUCAUUCAUUCUUCGGGCAGCUUUCUUCUGUGAGAAAGUGUCAGGAACAGCGCUUGAUCUGCCACUGAGCUGCAUCCACAUAGAGGCUUUCUCAGCCAUCGCGUUGGUUCUAAGCGCAGGGCACUCUGCGAGGGUUUGCAGGCUUAGAAUUAGUGUGUGACUAGCUAUAAGAAAGUCCGACGAAACGUAAUCUGCAACUUCGAACGCACAGAUCUGGCCGCCGCCUGGAAAAGUAUCUGGCAUGGCGCCUAAUGCGACUCGCGAAGCCCACGGAGAUGCAUAUCAAAUAAACUUCUCGGAUGGGGGUAAGACCAGUCUAGAUAGAUUUGAUCGUUUCUGUGAAAUGGCCGGAGGCGAGCUCGCGAAAGCACCCGACCACUCGCACGCGCCUGGCAUUCAGAAUGGGGAGAGAAUGAACGGAGACUCCGGUGAGGGCGUUCCGGCGUUUGAACAGGGGCAGAGACUCGACCAAGCACCGGCGGGGUCGAGUGAAGACGAUUCAUUGUUGGAAGGGCGCCCGAAGCGAGUCGCGAUCUUUGUUGAACCAUCGCCGUGGUCGUACACCAGUGGUUACAAGAAUCGGUACCAAAACUUCAUCAGAUUUCUUCGGGAGCAAGGGGACGAGGUGUUGGUUAUUACCACCCAUGAAGGAGCGCCGAAAGAGUGGUAUGGCGCCAAGGUAGUCCCGUCGUACAGCGUCGAGUUCCCUUUCUACUCGAAGCUGCGCCUCUCCCUCGCCCUCAGCUUCCGCAUCUUCAACAUCGUCCGGGACUUCAAGCCUGACGUCAUCCACGCCGCCUCCCCCGGGAUCAUGGUCAUGGGGGCCCUUGUAUACUCUUAUACCCUCCAAGUCCCGAUCAUCAUGACGUACCACACGCACCUCCCCGUGUACAUUCCCAAGUACAAAAUCAUGGGCUGGCCCUCUAACUGGCUCGUGAACCCCGCCUAUCUGUACAUAAGAGCACUCCACAACCUAGCCACUUUCACUAUGACCAUGUCCGAGGAGAUGCGCACCGAGAUGCUCCGCUUUGGAGCUGCCAGACCUUCUCGUAUUCGGGUCUGGAAGAAGGCUGUCGACUCGGAGCAGUUCCACCCGUCCUUUGCAAGCACUGAGUGGCGAAACAAGCUCAGCGGUGGCCAUCCAGAGCGGCCGUUGAUUGUGCACGUGGGUCGGCUAGGCCAGGAGAAACAGCUCUCCUUCAUCAAGCUGAUUUUGGAGAGGAUACCUGAAGCCUCUCUUGCGUUCGUUGGAGACGGUCCACACAGGCCCCAGCUCGAGGAGAUGUUCCAGGACACGCCAACGGUCUUCACCGGCAUGCUGUCGGGUGCGGACCUGUCCGCUGCAUAUGCGAGCUCGGACGUCUUCUUCACCCCCAGUGAGACGGAGACCCUGGGUUUGGUCGCUCUAGAGGCGAUGGCGUGCGGGACACCUGUCGUGGCUGUGCGCGCGGGGGGCUUUAUCAACAUCGUGGACAAGGAGGGGGAGACGGGCUUUUUGUACACGCCAGGCGACAUUGACGACGCCGUGGCCAAGCUGCGCAAGCUGCUGUUCGACAAAGAGUUCAACAGAAAGAUUGCUGCGGCUGCCCGGAAGGACGUGGAGCGGUACGACUGGCGGGCGUCGACGCGGCAGGUGCGGCGGGACGGGUACGACAUGGCGAUCCGUCUGUGGAGGAAGGCGCAGCGCGCGCGGCAGUCGUGGCGCAGCUGGCUGCCCUGGACGUGGUUUGCCAAGCUGGAUUGAGUGGGGACAACUAGAGCGACGGAGAACGGGGAGCAGUGCGGUUUGGCUCCUGGGGAAGUUUUUGAGUGCUGCGGGAAUGAGUGGGGAGAACGCUCGAAGGGGACGGUCAAGGUUAUCAAAAUAAAGAACGGCGUGAAGGGUGGCGCGUAGAGCGGCAGUCUGCAACGAGAGCGGAGGAGGUGGGGAGGCGGUAUGCAGAGAGGGACUUUCUGAUAGCGGCGAAGGAACUGGAGGAACGGGAUUGGAAAUGCAUCCCGAAGAAUGGGGGGAUUUUAUGGUAGAUUGAGUGGUGGUCCAUGGGUUCGCGCUAGGCCUGUUACAGACGAAGGUAAUUCUAAUAACGGAGAGUGGGCAAGGGGGCUGUGUCACGUUAGUGAUUGGCUCGUAUGGGUAUGUCAACGCAAUGCCCUCUGUGUGGACGUCUCUUUGUAUCAUAGAGGGAGGCUUGUGAUCGGUAAGCAAGUUCGGCCUGGGUGUGAGAGUACUGGGGCUUUGAGAGAUCCGGAGUCUUGCCGAGGCAGAGGCUGCGUUGAAUCAAGCAAUUUUGAUUCGGAUAGAGCGCCGAGUGCUAGGUUAGCUUAUCCCAAGAGGCUGCCGACUAAUCAAUUCUCUUUGACUCGCCAUGUCCUUAAUUGUUAAGGUAGGCGCAAUAUUAGACAGGUAUGAUUUGUAUGUUUGCCCGCAGGAGGGCGUCCUUCCGUAAGUUGAGGGGUUAAAGGGAAGCUGGGGGAGACCAACUUUUGAGAACGUACAAACGUAGGUGAUUGUUUCGAGACCUCCUUUGGAGAGCGUUGUUGGCGGCAGUAACGAGCGCACAAGGUCACCAA